GUCACAAAAAGUAUCCAACUCUCUCUCUCUCUCUCUCACUCAAAAAUCUCAUCUCAUCAAUCAAGAGAGGAGUGGGGCAUGAACAAGGCAUGACCAUGUCCAGUUCAGCCCACCUGUUCAUCUUCUUCAUCUUCCUCAUCUCCACCGCUUCAACAAUCCUUGCUACCGACCACAUUGUUGGUGCCAACCGCGGCUGGAACCCCGGCAUCAACUACACCCUUUGGGCCAACAACCACACCUUCUAUGUUGGAGACCUUAUCUCAUUUAGGUACCAAAAGAAUCAGUACAAUGUGUUUGAAGUAAACCAAAGUGGGUAUGACAACUGCACCACCGAAGGGGCAUUUGGGAACUGGAGCAGUGGCAAAGAUUUCGUACCCCUGAAUGAUGCCAAGAGAUAUUACUUUAUUUGUGGCAAUGGUCAAUGCUAUAGCGGAAUGAAGGUCUCUGUUGUUGUCCAUCCUCUGCCCACUGCGCCCACUCCUCAUACCUCACUGCCACUGAGCUCUCACUCUGCUGCCCCAAUGCCAGUGGUUUUGCACAGGGGUUGGGGUUUCCGCCUUCUGCCUCUGCUGCUGUUUUUUUGCUUUGAUUUGGUUUGGAUCUGAUUGGAUGUAGUGCUGAUUUUUUUUUUUUUUUUUUUUUUUGGUUUGCCUGGUCAUUUCUAAGAUUGAACAUGGUCUAGACUUCAGCUUAAGCUUCUAAGGGAAAUGUAUUAUUUCUUGGAAAAUUCUAUGGGCCUCUAAAAUUUGUGGAGUGGUAACUACUUUUUGUUU